UGAGCUAAAGUGCCCAAGAUGGCGACACAGGGACCAAUGGCGAUAGCUAUGCGCCUGAGAAAUCAGCUGCAAUCAGUGUACAAGCUUGACCCGUUACGGAAUGAGGAAGAAGUAAAAGUGAAGAUCAAAGACCUGAAUGAACAUAUUGUCUGCUACCUGUGUGCUGGCUACUACAUUGAUGCCACAACCAUAACAGAGUGUUUGCACACAUUCUGUAAGAGCUGUAUAGUGAAAUACCUUCAGACCAGCAAGUAUUGCCCGAUGUGCAACGUCAAAAUCCAUGAAACCCAGCCACUGCUGAACCUGAAGCUGGACAGGGUGAUGCAAGAUAUUGUCUACAAAUUGGUGCCAGGAUUGCAGGAGAAUGAGGAAAAAAGGAUUCGAGAGUUCUACCAGUCCCGUGGCUUAGACAGAGUUAUUCAGCCAACAAGUGAAGAUGCAGUACCAGAUGCAGCAGGGUUGCCCUACACCAACUUUGAUCACUCAAAAGCCCAUUACUACAGAUAUGAUGAACAAAUUUCACUUUGUUUAGAAAGACAAAGCUCCUCUGUUGGAAAAGACAAAAACAAGUUCACUCUUCAGCAAAAGUAUGUCAGGUGUUCUUCAAGGGCAGAAGUUAGGCACCUAAAGCGUGUCCUUUGUCACAAGCUCCAUGUAGAUCGACAUCAGGUACAGAUAUUAUUCAAUAACGAGUCAUUGCCUGAUCAUAUGACUAUGAAGCAGCUAUGGCUUUCCCAUUGGUUUGGCAAGUUACCUCCAUUGGUUCUUCAUUUCAGCAUCAAGGACAAGAGAGGAAGAUAAAAAUGAAUAAACCAUUUCCCUGUAUAAAGUUCACAGGAGGAAUUAAAAAACUUUAACUGGUGUACAUACUCUGUAUUUUACAUAUUCUAUUUUCAUUACAUUUCUGUAAAUAUAAACAUAGUUGUUUUGUUUUAUUUUUUAAUAAACUUACUGACACUUCCAA